UGUGUGUGCGCGCGCGUGCGAGCCAAAGUAUGUAUAUUUGCAUCAAAUGUGUCCAGUUGGUUAGGAGGCUUCAGUAAGGAUGAACUGGAAUUACAGAUGGCUGUAAGCCCCCAUGUGGGUACUGGGAACUGAACCUGGGUCCUCUGCAAGAACAGCCAGUGCACUUAACUGCCGAGGCAUCUCUCCUGAGGCCCCUACUCCCAUCCCUGGGUCUUGACCUUUAGUGUUGUUGGGAUCACCUCAAAGUUUCAUGCCUAAGAUUCCUACGAAGAGCCAGGCACUUGCCUGCACUCCUGCUCCUGUCUCCCUCCUUUUGUAAGAACAAGCAUCUCUGGUCAGUUCCUGGGCAUUGCUGAUGCUGUGGGGACUACACUGGAGACGCACUGCCCUGUGCUGUCAUGCCCUGUGGCUUUCUACUCUAGACUUGUUCUUUUUUUGUUCGUUUUUGUUGUUUGAGACAGGUUCUCACUCUAUCCCAUUUGCACUCAGUAGUUCAGGCUGGCCUUGAAAUUUUCAGAAUCCUCCUUCAGCUUCUGAGGGCUGCAGUUCCACACAUGGCCUGCUGUACUCAGCUGCCCUGGACCGUUUCUGUUUAGGGAAGCUCUGUGUGUGACUACUUGGAAUAUGCAUGUGGUAUCUCUUAUUUAUUUUGUUUAUUGUUUCUUUGAGACAGUUUUGCUCUACUGCUCAGGCAGGCCUGAGAUUCGCUACAGUCUGACCGUCUCUGCCUGAUCACAGUGACCAUGGAAGACACAAGGCUGACAGCACUGGAAACUGAUGAACCGUCUGUCCCCAGAACAGUCUGGUAGUGGCCCUAAUGAAGAGCUGUGCAAGUCUUUAGCACACGUCCUGGAGCCCACACAGCAUAAUUGAGUGAGAGAAUGGCCCAGCUAGCCAACAUUGGGGAGCUACUCUCCAUGCUGGACUCUUCCACACUGGGUGUGCGUGAUGACGUGACAACCAUCUUCAAGGAGUCCCUCAAUUCUGAACGUGGGCCUAUGCUUGUAAAUACGUUGGUGGAUUAUUACCUGGAAACCAAUUCUCAGCCGGUCUUGCACAUCCUGACCACCCUGCAAGAGCCACAUGAUAAGCACCUCUUGGACAAAAUGAAUGAGUAUGUAGGCAAAGCUGCCACCCGCUUAUCCAUCCUCUCGCUGCUGGGGCAUGUUGUGAGGCUGCAGCCAUCUUGGAAGCAUAAGCUCUCUCAAGCACCUCUUCUGCCUUCUUUACUGAAAUGUCUCAAGAUGGACACUGAUGUUGUGGUUCUCACAACUGGUGUCUUGGUGUUGAUCACCAUGCUACCGAUGAUCCCGCAGUCAGGGAAGCAGCACCUUCUCGACUUCUUUGACAUCUUUGGCCGUCUUUCAUCAUGGUGCCUGAAGAAACCAGGCCAUGUGACAGAAGUCUACCUGGUCCAUCUCCACGCCAGUGUUUAUGCCCUCUUCCAUCGCCUUUAUGGAAUGUACCCUUGUAACUUCGUCUCCUUCCUGCGCUCUCACUACAGUAUGAAGGAAAACGUGGAGACUUUUGAAGAAGUGGUCAAGCCAAUGAUGGAGCAUGUGCGAAUUCACCCGGAAUUAGUGACUGGAUCCAAGGACCAUGAACUGGACCCUCGAAGGUGGAAGACAUUAGAAACUCAUGAUGUUGUAAUAGAGUGUGCCAAAAUCUCUCUGGACCCUACCGAAGCCUCGUAUGAAGAUGGCGAUGCUGUGUCUCACCAGCUCUCUGCCUGCUUCCCUCACCGUUCAGCUGAUGUCACCACCAGCUCUUACGUGGACACACAGAAUAGCUAUGGGGGCGCUACUUCCACCCCUUCCUCCACCUCUCGGCUGAUGUUGUUCAGUACCCCCGGGCAGCUACCUCAGAGUUUGAGUUCACUAUCAACACGGCCGUUACCUGAGCCGCUGCAAGCUAGUCUUUGGAGCCCAUCUGCAGUCUGUGGUAUGACCACUCCUCCUACGUCUCCUGGAAAUGUCCCGGCUGAUUUGUCACAUCCAUACAGUAAAGCCUUUGGUACUACCACUGGUGGAAAAGGAACUCCUUCAGGAACCCCAGCGACCUCUCCUCCUCCAGCCCCGCCUUGUCCCCAAGACGACUGUGCGCACGGUCCAGCCUCCCAGGCCUCAGCCACACCCCCCAGGAAGGAAGAAAGAGCAGAUUCUUCAAGGCCUUACCUACCCAGACAGCAGGAUGUUCCGAGUGACCGAGGAUUAGAGGAUCUACCUGGAAGCAAAGGUUCCGUCACUCUGAGGAAUCUACCAGAUUUCCUAGGUGACCUGGCUUCAGAGGAAGACAGUAUAGAGAAAGAUAAGGAAGAAGCUGCGAUAUCUAAAGAGCUUUCUGAGAUCACCACUGCAGAGGCGGAUCCUGUAGCUCCUCGAGGGGGCUUUGACUCUCCCUUCUACCGAGACAGUCUCUCUGGUUCUCAGCGGAAGACUCACUCAGCAGCCUCUGGGACUCAGGGCUUCAGCGUGAACCCUGAGCCUUUGCACUCCUCCCUGGACAAACAUGGGCCUGACACACCAAAGCAAGCCUUUACUCCCAUAGACCCACCCUCUGGCAGUGCUGAUGCCAGUCCUGCUGGGGACAGGGAUCGCCAGACUUCUCUGGAGACCAGUAUCCUCACCCCCAGCCCUUGCAAAAUUCCACCUCAGAGGGGAGUGAGCUUUGGAAGUGGGCAGCUUCCCCCAUAUGAUCAUCUCUUUGAGGUGGCCUUGCCAAAGACUGCCUGUCACUUUGUCAGCAAAAAGACUGAAGAGCUGUUGAAGAAAGUGAAAGGAAACCCUGAGGAAGACUGUGUGCCCUCUACCUCCCCAAUGGAAGUACUGGACAGACUGAUAGAGCAGGGAGCAGGGGCACACAGCAAGGAACUGAGCAGGUUGUCCUUGCCCAGCAAGUCUGUUGACUGGACCCACUUUGGAGGCUCUCCCCCCUCAGAUGAGAUCCGGACCCUCCGAGACCAGUUGCUCUUACUGCACAAUCAGCUGCUGUAUGAACGCUUUAAGCGGCAGCAGCAUGCACUGAGGAACAGAAGGCUGCUGCGCAAGGUGAUCCGAGCCGCGGCCCUGGAGGAGCACAACGCAGCGAUGAAAGAUCAGUUGAAGUUACAAGAGAAGGACAUCCAGAUGUGGAAGGUGAGUCUGCAGAAAGAACAAGCCCGAUACAGUCAGCUUCAGCAACAACGUGACACCAUGGUGACCCAGCUGCAUAGCCAAAUCAGACAGCUGCAGCAUGACCGAGAAGAAUUCUACAACCAGAGUCAGGAGUUACAGACGAAGCUGGAGGACUGCAGAAGCAUGAUCGCGGAGCUUCGAGUGGAGCUGAAGAAGGCCAACAGCAAGGUGUGCCACACCGAGCUGCUGCUCAGCCAGGUCUCUCAGAAGCUCUCCAAUAGUGAGUCAGUGCAGCAGCAGAUGGAGUUCUUGAAUAGGCAGCUCCUGGUGCUCGGGGAGGUCAAUGAGCUGUACCUGGAGCAGCUGCAGAGCAAGCAUCCUGACACCACCAAGGAAGUAGAAAUGAUGAAAACUGCUUAUCGGAAAGAACUAGAGAAAAACAGAAGCCACCUUCUCCAGCAGAACCAGAGGCUGGAUGCCUCACAGAGGCGAGUUUUAGAACUGGAAUCUCUUCUGGCCAAGAAAGACCACCUUCUCCUAGAGCAGAAGAAAUACCUUGAGGAUGUCAAGAGCCAGGCGAGUGGACAGCUGCUGGCUGCAGAGAGCAGGUAUGAGGCUCAGAGAAAGAUCACCCGGGUGUUGGAACUGGAGAUCCUAGACUUGUAUGGUAGAUUGGAGAAAGAUGGCCGCCUACAGAAACUAGAAGAGGACAGAGCAGAGGCAGCAGAGGCAGCUGAAGAGAGGCUUGACUGUUGUACUGAUGGAUGCUCAGAUUCCUUGCUAGGACAUAAUGAAGAGGCUGCUGGUCACAAUGGUGAGACCAGGACCUCCAGACCUGGUGGCACCCGGGCCAGCUGUGGAGGUAGAGUCACUGGAGGCAGCAGCAGCAGCAGCAGUGAGCUUUCCACUCCAGAGAAACCCCCGAGCCAGAGGUUCAGCAGCCGGUGGGAACCCACCAUGGGUGAGCCCUCCAGCAGCAUCCCCACCACUGUUGGCUCACUUCCCAGUUCCAAAAGCUUCUUGGGCAUGAAGACCCGGGAGCUGUUCCGUAAUAAGAGUGAGAGCCAGUGUGAUGAGGAUGGCGUGACCAUGAGUAGCUUUUCUGAGACCCUGAAGACAGAACUGGGCAAAGACUCGGCGGGCAUGGAAAACAAGACUCCCCCAAGUCUAGACGCCCCACACCCAUCUUCCCCAAGCUCAGACAGUGUGGGGCAGCUCCAUAUCAUGGACUACAAUGAGACUCAUCACGAACACAGCUGAAGAGGGUUUGUCAGUGUUAAUUUGCGUCUUUGUCGGCACAGAACAGAAGGUGUGAAUGCACGGUGUAGGCUUCUCUGUUUCCAGGGUCUGAGCAGCUGCUUGUGUGGUGGGAAUGGGACAGAGGUCCUUUUGACAGAGGGUAGAAUGUGGGAUGAUGGUUUUUGGGUCUGGCAUUGAGACACUUCCCUUCACCUCACCCCAGCCUCUUUCCUCUACCCAGCAGUAUGUACUAAUUGAGGGCCUGUGCUUCAUUUUCUUCCACCAAAUGGUUAUGUCAUUUGAACUUGUGCAAUAUGAGGCCAGAUUUCAUCUUUGGGUCCAACAUACCACUCUGCUCUCCUGAGGUUCAGACAGCUGGGUGGCUCUUGGGUAGACCAGGCAGUUAGUGGCACUGCAGGUAAGUCCAGUUUUGUCCCUGCCGGGGGGACAUAACGUACAAAGUUAUCUUAGCAGGAGCAUUCCCACUGCUUUUUGGUUCUGAAGUUUAGCAUCUAAGCCACAGUUCUAGAGAAACUGGCUCGCUCACCUCUGCCUUUUCUUGGCAGCUCUGACAUGCUUCCUAGAAGGUUCUGUGAGAAUACCAGCUGCUUUGAUAAUGCAGUUGGCACUGUGGAGGCCGCACUGCCUUACCUCUCUAGAAAGCCCUUACCCCUCUGCCCCACUACCUCUUAUUGAUUUGGUAUUUGCUUGAAUGCUGGCACCGUGCUGCCUGUUGGGUGGGUGUAUAGGUGGUCGACCUGCAGUCUGCAGACAGCGGGGAGUGGUCGCUAGGAGGGGCAACUAGGAUUCCCAUGCUCGUGUGCCUCUGGCUGGCCAUGGCUCCACCCUUCAGCCUGUUAGCCUCCCCUCGGGUCCAGCUGCUUUGUGAUUUUGCAGCAGACAGACUGGGAAGAAGUCAGCUCCUUGGGGCUUAUGUGAUGAUGGCUCUCGGGCUGAGGGAUCGCCUCACAGUGCUAGGUUCUCACAGCUUUUACACCAAUUCCAACUCACAGGAAAGACUCUCUGGAGCUUCAUAUCAAACACUUCUGUUAGGAACAGCAGAGCAAUUCAGAGUCUGAUAAAGGCUGGUGGCCUAUAUCACUGCCUGCCCUCAUGCUCAGGAGAGGUGACAUCGGUCACAGUCAGAGCACAAUGGUGGCAGAGCCCAAACUCAACCAAUGCUCCUGAAAUAAAUGCUGGAAGUGUAA